AUAUAGGUCUAUGUGGUAUAUGUGGUUUCUCACUUGCUAAUGCACAAUAGUCAUUAAUUACAUAGUGGUAGCGCUACAGCAUUCAUUCCUGUGCACGUGCGAUUAUACUCAAUUCAAUAAUUAUUUUGAAAACUGAUUUGUAAAUAAAAUGGGAACGAAAAAGGUGAAGAUCAGUGCUGUGAAACGUAGUGCACAUCUAAAAUCUAAGAAGACCCCACUUACUAAGCAGCAACAACACAAAUUAGCCCAACAAAAAGCAGCUAAGGAUAGAAAGCAAAAUAUAUUCCGACAGAAGGCGAAAAAACGUGAACAAUUGCCACAAAAACGAAAACAAAAAGCUGAUAUUUACAAUGAUCCACUUGAUAAUGACGGUGAUGAUGAGGAUCCAUCUGAAUUGGUUAAUAACAUAGCAGACAUGUUGGACGGUGAUGACUUAGAAUAUUUACAUGAAAAAGGUUUAAAUAAGCAACGAAAACGAAAGAAUGCUAUUGACGUUGCACAACAAAAGGAAUCUGUUGGUUUGGAAAAAGCUUACACAAGCAAAGCAGUAGAGGAUAAUGAAACGAAAAAAGUCAAAAUCAAUUUAUUGCCCAUAAAAAGUCGUGAUGGGCAAAUCAUAACUCGUACUGCCGAGGUGGACUACAUACCAAAGGCAAAGAUAAAACGUGGAGAUGAAGAGGACGAAGCAGAAGUAGAUGAAGACGAUGAUGAUGAUGACAACGUUGCUUAUGAGGACAGCGACGAUGAUGUAGUACAUGAUAUAGGCGAAGACCGUGCACUUCCUGAGCCAGAAAAAAAGCUGAUAUCCACUACUGAUUUGCUAAUAGCGCGUCAACAGGAAAUUGAACGUCAAAAAUACCGCAUUGGUAUAAUUUGUUCCGGUUUACUAGAAAAACCAGAAGAUAAAAUGCGAAAUUUUAACGCUCUCUAUGAGCUGAUGGAAGAGACAAAUGCAGCCGGGACCCCAAAUCUACUAACUGUACGAAAAUUGGCCAUACUGUCGGUGACGGAAAUAUUUAAAGACAUUUUGCCUGAAUAUCGCGUAGGUCAAGUAGACACUAAGAUGCAAACAGUUCGCAAAGCCACUCUGGAACGUGUUACAUAUGAAAAUGCGUUGCUUCAACAAUUUAAAAAAUUUUUGCAAAAACUUGAAAAGCUUACAGCUAUAGUGAAUAAACGUGGGCAGGGACGUGUAACCCCACAGGCUAUUAAAAUGGCUGAGGUGGCUGUGCAAAGUAUGUGUGAUAUACUCAACGCGCAUCCAUACUUCAAUUAUGUGCAAAAUGUUGCACAACUUUUGGUUUACAUGUUGAACUGUAACUAUGAGAACAUGCGUGAAGCAAUCAACAAAUGCUUCCGAACAUUUUUCGCAAAUGACAAGAAACUAGAUAUGACACUUUUCAUUGUGAGGCGCAUUAAUCAUCUUAUAAAGACUAAACUCCCAAAUGUGCAUGUUGAAUGCAUUACUUGCUUACUGUCAUUAAAGAUUAAAAACGUCAAUUUGGACGCUGAGAAAGAGAAUGAGUUGAAACAAAAAAAGUUAGAAGCGCAUAGACAACGUUUGAUGAGCUUAUCAAAGAAAGAGCGCAAAAGACGAAAGAAAUUGGUUGAAGUUACCAGAGAAUUGGAUGAGACGCGUGCCGAAGAAAAUAAGCAAACAAAACAUUACAAACUAACGGAAAUUACGAAAAUGGUUUUCACAAUAUACUUCCGAAUUUUGAAAAACGAUCCAACAUCAAAAGUGCUGAGUGCCAUUUUAGAGGGCUUAGCCGAGUUUGCUCAUGUCAUCAAUUUGGAUUUCUUCUCUGACCUCAUCGAUGUGCUGAACCGCAUAUUGGAAGAAAUGGAUCUCGGUUAUCGUGAACAAUUAUACUGUAUAAAAACGAUUUUCGUUAUACUCUCUGGUCAGGGUGAAGUGCUGAACAUUGAUCCAAUACGUUUCUAUCAACACUUCUACAAAAAUCUGCUCACUGUGCACGCCGGUAAAAAUCAUGAAGACUACCGCAUCAUACUCAGCACUUUAGACGAAGUUUUGGUGAAAAGAAGACGCAAUAUGAGCCAGCAACGCUUGAUGGCGUUUAUAAAACGUUUGCUCAUGCUUAGCCUGCAUCUCUUGCAUCAUGGUACACUAGCGACUCUUGGCACAAUAAAAACGACUUUUCAAUUAACAUCGGUACUAGACGUUUUACUUGAUACGGACACUAGCGUAGGAUCAGGUAAUUAUGAUCCAGAAUUGGAAGAUCCCGAGUAUUGCAAUGCCUCAAGCACGGCGCUUUAUGAGUUGACCACGCUGUCGCGCCAUUACCAUCCAACGGUACGUAAGAUGGCUACACACAUUGCUAAUGGCGUACCAGCGUCUGGAGAAGGAGCCCUGCCUACCGAAAUUGGUAAACUCACCUCACAUGAACUCUACGAUCAGUUUAAUAGCACACAAAUGGUGUUCAACCCAGUUAUACCGGUGCCGAAGAAGACUGAUCCAAAAAUUAAAAAAGGCAGAUAUCAAUUUAUCAAUUCUGAUUUCAAACCCUUUUGCAAAAGCUUUUUAGAAGAAGGAACAUCAUUGAAUAAGUCAAAAAAAUCUAAAGGUUAUCAAUGUUUUAAUUUUUAUGAUGCUUUUGUCAGUAAUUGUUAGAUUAUCAUAAAUUUAAUAAAAAAAAAUGGUUUUGUAAUACACGGAUUAAUAAAAAAUAUCAAUUACAUAAAAUGGUAGAUUGA